ACAUUCUGUUUACGUUGGGAGGCGUAAUGGCGACCGGAAAGUGAGGUUGCCGUGCAUUGACGAUGAGAGAUUGCUCGGACGAACAGCAGAUUGAGACGGCGGGGGCGUCAGCGAGUGGUCGAGGUUUCGGACGCUGCAGCUGGUGGAUCCUCACUGUGGUAGCGUUCGUCAUCGGUGCUGCUGGGCUCAUCUCGAUCUCCAUCCUCUACACCCGCGGCAAGAUCGACUACGACUACGGGAUCGUGAUCGAUGCCGGGUCGACGCACACGAAGCUGUUCGUCUACAAGUGGGACCCACACAAGAGCAGCGGCACGGCCAUUGUGCGUGAAAGCGGCCAGAAGAAUAAUAAAAACGGCAUCGCGUCGUACGAACACAACCCUGAGGUGGCAGGUCAGGUAGUUACCGAUCUGCUCAGCCAUGCCGAGAGCAUUGUCGCAGAAGAUCACCGGAACUCCACGCCUCUCUACCUGGGAGCUACCGGAGGCAUGCGGCUGCUAGAGAUAGCGAACCCACAGGCUACUGCUGCCAUAUUACAGUCUGUUGAAAAAGUGAUGCAGAAUUCAUUGUUCCGCUAUCAGUCGAGAGAUUAUUACUGGCGAGCAGGAGGGACCUGCUCCUGGAUAACUGUCACUCCCUCGACGGAAAAUCUAAAUAAGGUUCAGCUGGAAGGUAAUCAGAGUUGGACGAAGGGAGCGCUGGACAUGGGCGGAGCGUCGGCACAAAUCACGUUCGAGCCGGCGGCCAACGAAAGCUGGCCAUCCAAAUACGAGGCCCGCAUGAAACUGUACGGCAUCGAAUACCAGGUGUACACACGCAGCUUUCUUUGCUAUGGCAAGAUGGAGGCAGAGAGACGCUUCAAGGCAUUACUUGUGCAGAGUGCGAAUUACUCGAGCACGGUCGAGAACCCAUGCGCUCCCAAGGACAACGUGACGAAGAGCAAACACGACGAGUUGUUCAAAGCUCCGUGCGUGACGGGACCCGAGGCGCAGUACGCGUGGGGCGCCGUCGUCCCCUCACCGCCCUCAGACCAGCAGAACGUGACGUACACGUUUGAAGGCACGAGCGAUGUGAAUGCUUGCUACGUGCAAGUUCUGAACAUGACCAGCAACUGCUCUGACUGCCCGUUCGAGAAUCCUAGUUUACAACCCCCACUGAACGGAGAAUUCAUGGCCUUUUCAAGUUACUACUAUGUCAUGGAGUUUUUUAACGUGACUUCAAAUAGUUCAGGACACGUAGCACUAUCCAAUUUCACAGAAGCUAUGAACAGCUAUUGCAACAAAUCAUGGGACGAGGUGAGCGAGAUUCCGGUGCCGGCAUCACAGAGGGCGUUUCUGACGACCUACUGCUUCGACGCGCAGUACAUGAGCAUGGUGCUGCAGCGCGGAUUCAACUUUACUGGCGCCACCUGGGAUUCACUCCGAUUUGUCAAGGAUUUAGAGGAGUCGGAGGUCGGCUGGACGCUUGGCUUCAUGGUGAACGCUACGACGUUUAUGCCGGACGCUGAUGACACGCCGUCGACGAUCAGCGUUCCCGUCUUCAUCGUGCUGGUCGUGCUCUUCGCUCUCAGUCUCCUCGCUUCGCUCGCCUUCUGUGCUCACGCACACAGGGCUUCAUCUAUGACGCCUGAGCAGUAUGAGAGGAUGCCGUAGUACACGCCUGCAUGCACGCUCGCAUGGAUACAUGCACGCACACAUACGUGCAUGAAUGCACUCACACACACGCACUCAUACACGCAUGCACGAUGCAACACAUAAACAAGCACGAACGUGCAGAUGUAUGCACAUAUGUACAUGCACGCAUGCAGACACGCCCGCCCGCACAUGCACUCAUACACGCACGCUAGCACACACAAAUGCGCACAUGUGCGCAGACACGUGCGCACCGAACAUACACUGGCAUGCACCCACAUACACAUGCACGCAUGCAGCGCACACACAA